AUGGAGGUUGCGAUCUUCAUUGACCACCCCGUCGCCGCCGACUUCUCCGCCCACCUUCUGAUCAAGAACGUCCAACCGGAUGGACAUACCCUCCAAGUCUUCGACAACCUGUCUCAACUUGCUAGAGCUCGACUGAAUCAACCUACCGCCUUCUUCCGCGAAGAGAAGCUCUUUGUUGUCUGGUCACAGGAUGCAAAGAGGUGUUUGGAGCUUGCAAGGUCGGUGAGGGAAGGUAUACUUCACAUCGUGUGGAACGACGAGAAGGAAGACUUCAUAAGCAUCAACGAAAUUGAGGCAGCCGAAGGUGAGGCCGACAUCGAAGCCGCUACUCCCGCCAAGACCUUACGCCAACGACUUCUCGUCAUCCCCAUUUACGUCCUCGUCGCUCUCAUCGUUGCCGGAGCCUUCUUCGGCUUCCUUCUCCAGGCCAUCAUCCGUGAAUACCGGUACGAUGGUAGUGUCAUCCGCUUCGCCUACGUCGCCUACUUUCCUAUCGUCUUCAUCAUGUCUCUCUUCUUCGUCUUGGUCCUUAUCGGCAGUGUCUGGCAAUUAAUCGACCCUAUGGAUACUUCCCGCCGCAACACCUUCGCCUAUUCCGCCACCCCGCCUCAAAGGAUCACUGGUCCUCUCCCACACAUGACGAUAUUGUGUCCUGUCUACAAGGAGUCCUUGUCUGCUGUCAUCGAGCCUACUGUCGCUUCCGUCAAGGCUGCUAUGAGACGCUACCAACGUCAAGGUGGCUCGUGUAACCUUGUUAUCUGUGAUGAUCGAAUGCAACUCGUCGACGAAGACUCUCAGAACUUCCGCAAAGAGUACUACCGGAAGGAGAACAUCGGUUGGGUUGGUCGCCCUGGGCACAACCAUGACGGCUACAUCCGUGCUGGUCGCUUCAAGAAGGCCAGUAACAUGAACGCCAUGAUGGGUGUUUCCGUCAAGGUCGAAGAACGCCUGGAGAACAUCGAACGUCCCGGAGGCUGGACCCCCGCCGAUGAGGAACGCGUCUACAAGGAGAUCUUGGAGGACGUCCUCGCUCAAGAUGGAAGGUUGUGGGGUGAAGGCAACAUCAGGCUCGGUGAAUUGAUCUUGAUCAUCGACUCUGACACUCGUGUCCCCGGUGACUGUCUCUUGGAUGCCGCAAGUGAAUUUGAACAAAGUGCACACCUCGCUAUCCUCCAGCAUGCUUCAGGCGUCAUGCAUGUCUCCUUGGACUACUUCGAAAACGGCAUGUCAUUCUUCACGGACCACAUCUACCGUUCCAUUCGAUUCUCUUGCGCUGGUGGGGAUAUGGCUCCAUUCGUUGGUCAUAACGCCUUCAUCCGCUGGGCCGCUGUUCAGUCUUCUGCUGAAUGGACCCACGAAGACGGUAACCCACGCUGGUGGUCCGAGUCACAUGUCUCCGAGGACUUCGAGAUGGCCUUGAAGCUCCAAUGCGCCGGACACUCCAUCCGCCUCGCUGCCUACACCCACGGAGAAUUCAAAGAAGGCGUCUCCCUCACCGCACUCGACGAGUUAGCCCGCUGGGAAAAAUACGCCUACGGCUGUUCCGAAAUGGUCCUCAAUCCCGUCCGCAAAUGGAUCUUCCGCGGUCCCUUCACCCCACUCUUCCGCAAGUUCCUCUGGGCGAAGAACAUCCCAGUCUUCGCCAAGUUUACGCUCUUGUCCUACAUCGGUACUUACUACGCCUUCGGCGCAGUCUGGAUCUUUGCGUUGGCGAAUUAUUUCUGGACAGGAUGGGCGGCAAACAUGAUCGACCAAGUUUACCAAGACUCCUUCAGUAUCCUCAUUUCCCAACUCGUCGUAUUCUUCGCUCUCGCGCCCAUCUCCGGCGCUGUUCUCACCUCCAAAAUGCGCGACGGACCAUUCUGGCGACAACUCUACAACUCCAUCAAAUGGAUGCCCUUUUUCGCCAUCUUCUUCUCGGGAGUCAGUCUUCGUGUUUCGAUGUCUUUGUUGAGUCAUAUGUUUGAGUACAACAUGCAAUGGGGCGCAACCGGGAAAGAAGUCAACGAAACAACCUUCAUCCGAGAAGCCAAAAACAUCCUCCGCGAGUUCAAAUGGACCUACCUCUUCUUCGGGCUCCAAAUCCCCAUGAUGAUCUACCUCGGUAUCUUCGCCCCAUACCAGUGGAAGAUCAACGGCAUCAACAGCUGUUUACCUCUGGCUCUUGUUAUUGGCGGUCAUCUCAUUCUCCCGGUCGCGCUCAACGCCAAGUUGUUGAAGAUAUAG